CACAUUUCUCAGAGUAUGCCUUCGUUACUCUCGUUGCCUAUUGCCAGCUCCGCAAUUUUGUGUGGCCUUGGUUUCAUUAAAUCCUGGGAGAAGAAAAGAUAGACAUUUCAAAUCUAUGUGUGUAGAUAUUCAGAAGCAUCAGCCAAUCUGAGUAUACAAUCGAAUAUCGACCGACAAUGCCUCCAAACGCUCUCAACAACUACUACGGCGAAGCUCCGAAAACACAUAACUUCGGGACGAAAUGCCGCCUCGCUCCAAUAUCGAACCCUCCUGCCUCCUCUGAUAUUGAUGACAUCCCUCCAAUAAACGCCCAAUACUUCUACUUGUCUUCAGUCCCCAUCGAUGAUCCUCUUUCCACGACUACAAUCGCUGCUACGACCGAUCCGAAAUCUGCUAGAAGUAGUCUACGACCCUUCUCCCCGGGAGACAAUAACGAACUAGAAAAGGCUUGGCUCAGUCUAUAUUCCGAUGCCUACCACCAAAAUCACACAAACGCACGGCAGAAUAAGCCACCCAGCCAGUCUCUUGCCGAGGCAAAUGCUGAGAAGCUGCGUAGCAUCGUAAGGCAACUAGCGGUGGAGCACGCCGAAAAGCAUGCACGUGAAGGCCCGUCACCUGAAAAGGUCCAGCCUUUCACCGAAGCUUUCCCUGAGCCAGAGUCUGCUACUCUUCUAUGCUGCCCAGAGCUUCUUGUCGAUGUUGGGGUUGCUCUACGGACGUCCUUCUGCGCCGUUGCUAGGCGGAAACAACAUGAGCUGAACCGCGAUAUGGUCGCCCAGGCCGUGAUGAGUAAGAUGAAUACGUUGCAUACAGAUUCAACAGCUUCCGUCACAGAACGACGCGCGCCACCCUAUACCAUACCUCCAAGCCAAUCGCAAAUCGACACCGUGAUGAGAUCAGGUCAGGAUGAACGGCCUAAUAGUCAACAUUCGAACGUAGCUUCAUCGUCCCAGGCAACACCCCAGAGUGUCCCUACGAAACCCUCGUUUGUGGAUGACGGUAUCUCGGGUAGGCCCUUUGUUCGUGUAGGCACGCCGGAUUCUUCACCUAUUUCUCCACCGCCGUCACUUCCAAGGACUGCUACUUUUCAACCUAGUAGACUCGCUGAAGAAAUAAAGAGCCAAGAAGCCAGGCCUCGUCGCCCUCUAUCAGGAGGCGAGCCAUCGUCUUCGCCCAAACCUCCGGAAGGCCGGAAACCAAAUUCACGCGAUGUGACAGUUGGUGUCUCUAGGUUACAUGAAGUUUCUCUUCCUGCUUUGCAAAUGAAGCCUAUUUAUUGGUCUCCUGUUAAUGAUAUAGCUACCGUUUUCCGAGCGACUUGGUUCUACAGAGAUGAUAUGAGACCUAUCGAUCCCACUGUAGCUAAUCAGGUUGAAGCUGGAUAUCGAGAGCUCAAGCCACAUACUGAGACGUGGAAUGACGAGCUAAGAUGUGCUGUAGACGUAGGUCCUCUAGGUGAGGAGAAGGUCUCCCAUCCCUUAUGGCCAAAACCACCGAACAACAAGGCUUCUAAGAAGGCCGAUGAUUUGAUGGAACCACCUAUAUCUAGCAAUCCUUUUUGUGCAGCUCGUUGUUUCCGUGGUGAGGCAGCUGCGGAAGGUAGUUUGAUACCAACCCCAAAUGAGGACAACACCUCUCCUGUUCCAACUCACAAGAAGUUUGAGCAGUACCAUGUAAUUUAUAAGGACGCGACAACAGCAUACUUGCUCAAGCCGAGCUUAAAACCAUCGGCAUACUACGGCCGUCGACCAGUAGCAAAAAUAAUGAAAGGGCUUACUAUCGGCGUUCCAGUGGUGAGAGGUUUUGAUUACGAAGCGUGGACAAAAAGGCACGAAAAGAAACAGGACCAACAACACCGCCCAGUAAUAUCAGAUAAUAGGAGCUCGCAGGAUAAUACAGGAAAUGGUGUAUGUUCGGCUUGUAAAGCUGAUGAAGAUCGCGCACAAGUCACAGAUUUGGUUUUGGUUGUUCAUGGCAUUGGUCAGAAAUUGGCUGAACGAGUAGAGAAUUAUCAUUUUACCCACGCCAUCAACGCUUUUCGUCGAGCUAUAAACAUCGAGCUUCGAAGUGAUGCGGUGAGAGGGGCGUUGAGACGAGGUCAAAAUGGCAUAAUGGUCCUUCCUGUGAAUUGGAGACAGAAUCUAUCGUUUGAAGAUGGUGGACCGAUGAGGGAGGAAGACAAGGAGCACUAUACAUCCGAAGGCUUCACCUUAAAGGACAUUGAACCCAAGACUAUUCCUGCUGUCCGAAGUAUGAUAUCCGAUGUCAUGUUCGACAUUCCUUUUUACAUGUCACAUCAUAAACCGCAGAUGGUAGCCGCUAUGGUCGGCGAGGCAAAUCGUGUUUACAGGCUCUGGUGUAGGAAUAAUCCAGGCUUUGCGGAAAAGGGAAGGGUUCAUCUAAUCGGCCAUUCACUUGGUAGCGUUAUGUGUAUCGAGGUCUUGUCAAGGCAGCCGACGACUCCACCACCUUUACAGUUAACGAAGCCUCUUCAGCUGAAACAUUUCGAGUUUGACACAAAGAACUUAUUUCUCCUCGGUAGUCCCGCAGCUUUCUUCUUGCUACUCGAAAGAGGUGCAUUGCUACCGAGAAGAGGACGCCGGAAGCCGGGAGCGGACUUCAGCGAUACGGUAUCAAAAGACGUCGUUGGGGAUGCAGGGCGGUUCGGAUGUAUUGCUGUGGAUAACAUUUACAAUGUGUUGGCUCGAGAAGAUGCCGUUGCGUAUCUUCUUAACGGUACCUUGGACCCCAUGUACGCGGCGAGCCUGAAGACUGCAUAUGUCCCGAGUACGGCAACGUCAUUCCUACAGUCAAUAGGUAGUGCGGUGUUUGGUAUUGUGCCUGGGGCUGCGGCGUCGGCCCCGGGCGCUGGAGCGAAUUCACAACUUGCGAGACCACCGACGAUGCGGCUACCAUCGCAACUCGAACUCGAAGUUCACGACUUUACGCGCGAGGAGGUCGCCGAAAAGAAAGCAUUCCUACUUAACGAUAAUGGUCAGAUUGACUAUUUCUUACGAUCAGGUGGCGGUCCGCUCGAGUUACAGUAUCUCAAUAUGUUAAGCGCUCAUACAAGUUAUUGGGCCAACCAUGACUUGAUCCGUAUGCUAUGUAUGGAAAUCGGGAGGAACCCCGGCAAGACGAACACGCUGCCUGCGAUGAGGGCGGUAAAGGCUACGAAGAGGGCUAUGCCCCCGACUGUCUAACUAGAAUGUGUGCCUUUUGAUUUUAUGGUUAUUUUUUUGCAUUUUUGGCCAGGCGUUGUGGUAUUUAGGACGAAACAGGACUUGAAAUGAAAUGAUUGCAUGUAGACGUCGGAUACCCAUCGCCAAUCUUGACAGAUUUAGUCACGCAAGUUGUAAUGAGUAGGGCAAUAGAUACUUAGAGUGUAAUAACGAACACUUCCCUUCCUUCUUUCUUUCUCUACUCUAGGCUAUCUACGCUACCUACAGUACACCGUUCUAUCCACAG